AUGCAUCUGCUGCCACGCGAACGAGACAAGUUGCUGCUCCACCAUGCCGGCUCGCUCGCACAAAAGCGUUUGGCCAGAGGUGUCCGUCUGAACCAAACCGAGGCUACGGCGCUCAUCGCGACGGUGCUGCAGGAGCGUAUCCGAGAUGGCGAGCAUUCCGUGGCCGAGCUCAUGCAGCACGGAAAGGCGCUUUUGGGACGAUGCCAUGUGCUGCCCGGAGUGCCAGAGUUGUUGCACGAGGUCAUGGUCGAAGGUACCUUUCCAGACGGUUCCUUUUUGGUGACGGUGCAUGAACCCGUCUGCACGGAGACGGGCGACAUCCAUGCUGCCCUCUACUCGAGCUUCUACCCCGCUCCUGAUGCGAGCGUAUUCUUGGCGCAGGUCGAAAAAGACAAGGCGGCGGCCAGCAAGGCAAUCGUCGGCAAGACGGCUGCCGACGAGGUGCUGCCAGGAGCACUCGUGACCAAGAGGGGAGGACAACCCAUUCAGCUCUGCCCCAAGCGCAAGAGGGUGGCGGUCAAGGUAACAAACACGGGCGACCGUCCGAUUCAAGUCGGAUCGCAUUACCCUUUCCUCGAGACCAACGCUGCGCUCUCCUUCCCGCGCCUGCUGGCGUUGGGCAAGAGGCUCGACAUUGCUGCCGGCACGGCCGUCCGAUUCGAACCAGGCGACACAAAGACCGUCACGCUCGUCCAGGUUGGCGGCACAAAGAUCCUCGCAGGUGGCAACAACCUCGCUGCAGGCCCUCUCGAUGAGUUCCUCGCUUCGACCGAAUCCCAGUCCGCCCUCGUCAAACGCAUCGAAGCUGCUGGAUUUGCCAACGAACCGGUUUCGGACAUGGAGGACGACUCAAUCCCUCCACCGGCACCUUGCGAGCUAUCGCGCGACGCCUAUGCUGCUCUCUUCGGCCCCACCGUGGGCGACAAGGUGAGGCUAGCAGACAGUCCUCUGUGGCUAGAGGUGGAAAAGGACUACACCGUCUACGGCGACGAGCUCAAAUUCGGUGGUGGAAAGGUGUUGCGUGACGGAAUGGGUCAAGCCUCAGGUCGUGCGGACAGCGCUGUUCUCGAUGUCGUCGUCAUCAACGCGCUCAUCGUCGACUGGUGGGGCAUUGUCAAGGCCGAUAUCGGUAUCAGGAACGGACACAUCGUGGGCAUCGGAAAAGCAGGCAAUCCGGCCAUCAUGGACGGUGUCGAUCCCAACUUGGUGGUGGGCUCGUGCACGGAGGUGAUUGCCGGCGAAAAAUUUAUUGUGACCGCAGGUGCCAUUGAUGCCCACGUCCACUACAUUUGUCCCGACCUGCACGAGGAGGCGCUCGCUACAGGCAUCACCACGCUGAUUGGAGGAGGAACUGGUCCCACGGCAGGAACGAGCGCAACCACGUGCACACCCGGUCAGGACCAGCUGCGAAACAUGAUGAUCGCCACCGACAAUGUUCCGCUCAACUUUGCCUUCACCGGCAAAGGCAACGACUCGGGCCUGCCAGGCUUGGAGGACCAGAUCAAAGCCGGUUGCGCAGGUAUGAAGAUUCACGAGGAUUGGGGAGCGACACCCGCCGUCAUCGAUGCGUGCUUGACCGCCUGUGACAAAUACGACGUGCAGUGCAACAUCCACACCGACACGCUCAACGAGUCUUGCUUCGUCGAAGGCACGCUGGCCGCUUUCAAGGGUCGAACCAUCCACACCUACCACUCGGAAGGUGCCGGAGGCGGACAUGCGCCCGACAUCAUUCGAGUCUGUGGAGAGACCAACGUGUUGCCUUCCUCGACCAACCCGACGCGCCCGUACGCCAAGAACACGCUCGACGAGCAUCUCGACAUGUUGAUGGUGUGCCACCAUCUUUCGAAGGAUAUUGUCGAGGACGUGGCGUUUGCCGAUUCGAGGAUCCGUGCAGAGACCGUGGCCGCCGAAGACGUGUUGCAGGACAGCGGCGCCAUCUCGAUGAUCAGCUCCGAUUCGCAGGCCAUGGGAAGGAUCGGUGAGGUGGUGGCGCGUACGUGGAGGACUGCUUCCAAGAUGGCCAGCCUGGUCGGACCGCUUCCCGACUCAGAAUCCACCGUGCAACCGCAAGUCAAGGGCGUUCCUCAUCCGAGCGAGGCCGUGUCGGACAACUUGCGUAUCAAGCGCUACGUGUCGAAGUACACGAUCAACCCUGCGCUCGUUCACGGCUGCUCGCAUCUGAUCGGCAGUAUCGAGCCUGGCAAGUUGGCCGAUCUUGUAUUCUACUUGCCGUCCAAAUUCGGUAUCUGCCCCGAGUUCGUGCUCAAGGGCGGUCAAGUCGCAUGGGCGCAGAUGGGUGAUGCCAAUGCGUCGAUCCCGACAGUACAGCCUAUCUAUGGAAGGCCCAUGCAUGGCGCCAACGCCAAUGCGGCUCCGCACAACUCGGUGCUGUUUGUCUCGCAAUAUUCGGUCGAGCAGGGCAUUGUGCAAAGCUACGGCGUCAACAAGAGGAUCGAGGCGGUCAAAGGAUGCAGGAAGGUGAGCAAGAAGGAUAUGAAGCUCAACACGCACACGCCCGAUCUGAAGGUGGAUCCAGAGACGUACGAGGUGACGGAUGGAGGCCGACUAUUGACCGUGCCUCCCGCGGACGAGCUGCCGUUGACGCAGAGUUUGCAUCUUUUCUAG